AUGGAUAGUAAAGGACGGAAUGUAAUCGUGUGUGACAAUGGCACUGGCUUCGUGAAAUGUGGCUAUGCGGGCAGUAAUUUUCCGGCGCAUAUAUUCCCAUCGAUGGUUGGUCGUCCGAUUUUGCGAGCGGCUAAUAAAAUCGGUGACAUCGAAGUCGAGAAUUUACAUGUCGAUGAUUUAAUGGUUGGAGAUGAGGCGUCCAAAUUGCGAGCCAUGCUCGAGGUGUCGUACCCAAUGGAGAAUGGUAUCGUACGAAAUUGGGAAGAUAUGUGUAAUGUAUGGGACUAUACAUUUGGCCCAAAGAAAAUGAACAUCGAUCCAAAAAAUACAAAAAUUCUACUCACCGAACCACCAAUGAAUCCAUUGAGAAAUCGAGAGAAAAUGAUUGAGGUGAUGUUUGAAAAAUAUGGCUUUGAUUCAACGUACAUUGCCAUUCAAGCGGUGCUCACACUAUAUGCUCAAGGUUUAAUUUCUGGUGUGGUCAUCGAUUCGGGCGACGGUGUCACCCAUAUUUGUCCAGUUUAUGAAGAGUUUACAUUGCCACAUUUGACACGACGUCUCGAUAUCGCCGGCCGUGAUAUCACACGUUAUUUGAUCAAAUUGCUGCUGUUGCGCGGAUACGCUUUUAACCAUACGGCCGAUUUUGAAACGGUGCGAAUGAUGAAAGAGAAAUUGUGUUACAUUGGCUAUGACAUCGAACAAGAACAACGACUGGCAUUGGAAACAACGGUUUUGGUUGAAUCCCAUACGUUGCCCGACGGUCGAGUGAUUAAAGUUGGUGGCGAACGAUUUGAGGCGCCCGAAGCACUGUUCCAACCACAUUUAAUCAAUGUUGAAGGUCAAGGCAUUGCUGAACUCGUAUUUAAUACAAUUCAAACAGCCGACAUUGACAUGCGACCGGAAUUAUACAAACAUAUCGUUCUAUCGGGUGGUUCAACGAUGUAUCCAGGCCUGCCGAGUCGAUUAGAGCGUGAAAUCAAACAAUUGUACUUGGAACGUGUCCUAAAAAAUGACAUCGAAAAAUUAUCGAAAUUCAAAAUACGAAUCGAAGAUCCGCCGACGCGUAAGGAUAUGGUUUUCAUUGGUGGUGCUGUGUUGGCCGAUGUACGAAAAGAUCGUGAUUCAUUCUGGUUGUCAAAGCAAGAGUACGAGGAGCAGGGCUUGAAUAUACUGAAUAAACUAACUCUACGAUCAUAAUUGUCACCGUUUGUUUUUUUCUAACGCUUAGCAUUAAGUGAAUUAGAUAAGAAAAUAAUAAAUUUAUUCAUAUAGAAAACUAUUUCCAAAUGAGAAGAUAAGAUUGUCAGCAAUAACUAUAUUAAUUGAGACGCAUCGAAAAUACACGAUACACUAUGAAUAUUAUAAGGUUUAAGACUUUACUAUCGUGAUGUUUCAUGUUUUUUCUUCUACUUCUGCCAAAAAUUCAGGCUCAUCGACAAUAUUCUCUCAAGUAUUCAAACAAAUUAAAUAAAUAUUGAACAUUCUAUGACAGUGCA